UGUAGACUGGGGGACACCGCUGUUUGGAGCUCAGCGCGCAAAUGUAUUUUUUAAACGUUGAUAAACUUUUCUCGUUUGAAUUGUAUUUACGAAUAACCGGGCUUUAGAGACAGCGGGCUGUGGAACCUGGCGGCGCUUUUGGAUCUCUACAAGCUGAAGCAGGCAGGAACGGAGGCGACCAUGGUCCUGAGUCAGAUGGACGCGGGGAAGGCUCUGACGGCGGCGGCGGCCAAAGGCAACCCGGAGGAGGUGCAGAGGAUCCUGGAGGAGCUCCGGGUCCACCCAGAUACUCUGAACGAGUUCGGCAGGACUGCUCUACAGGUGAUGAUGAUGGGGAACGCCAAAAUCGCAGGCUUGCUGCUGGAGAAAGGGGCGGACCCCAACGUUCAGGACAAACACGGCAUAGCGCCCGCCCACGACGCAGCGCGGACGGGGUUCCUCGACACCCUCCAGGUCCUGGUGGAGCACGGCGCCUCCGUGAACCUCCCGGAUCAGAACGGCGCCCUGCCCAUUCACAUCGCCAUCCGGGAAGGCCACCGGGACGUGGUGGAGUUCUUGGCGCCCCAGUCGGACCUGAAACACGCCACCGUCAGCGGUCAGACGGCGGUAGACGUGGCCCGAGCCUCGUGUGUGCCCCAUAUGAUGGACGCCCUCUUUGCUCACGUCCACAGUUAGCGUGUAACUGGAACGCUUUCUUUCUGCUUCGAUGCGUGGCGCCUUGAAUCCGUGGUUGUACAAAGGAUGUUGGUGUUUUGGUAGUUCAGCAUUAAUGACGGGACACAUUGUCUUGGCAGCUUGUUUUCAGUGGAUGGGUGGCUAUAUACUGUAGACACCUUUUGCACAGUGCAGUUUAGGCACUUUAAUUUACAUUGAUCUGUUGUCCCUUUAAUUGGGAGUGCACAUUUGUUCAUAGUUGUCCAGUGUUAUCUUAUUCGUGCAUCCUGUUGGUUGUGUAAGGACUGUAGGAGUCCAUACACGCGUAUGAGUCUUUUUAAAACGACCAAACUUGACGUGGUGCGCCCCGAUUGCUUUGCAUAGUUGUUUCUCUUCACUAGAUGUACCUAGACUUUGAAUUUACUCUAUUUAUUGUUGAAAUAGGACUUAAUAUUCCUGUAAAUAGCAACUUUUAUUGUGAUUUGUUGAAAUGUUAUUUAUACAAAUACCUUUAAGACAAGUGAGAUUAUUCACUUUA